AUGGUAGUUCUCCCCAAGGAGGAUCCUAUCAAGAAGCAAUUGGGGGUUUUUGAAAGACAGAGACUUACAAUCAACCAAGAUGGCUUGUCACAGCUAAAGUUGCUCAACAAGUGCCCAGAUGAUCAAUAUCCAACCGAGAACCGAAUCCAGUGUAUCCGCAAAAGAAUAACCUUCCUGUCCUAUGAAGAACAUCUCAGCAUCAUCCUCAUCUCCUUUGCUCUACUCUUGUUCCUAAUCACAGGCUUUGUUUUAUUCAUAUUCAUUAAAUACCUUGAAACUCCUAUUGUCAAAGCCAACAACCGGGACCUCUCCUACAUCCUCCUGGUCUCCCUUCUGCUUUGCUUCUUAUCUUCCUUGUUCUUCAUUGGCCAACCAAGGAAAGCCACCUGCCUUCUCCGACAAACAGUGUUCAGCAUUGUCUUCUCAGUAGCCGUGUCAUCUGUGUUGGCUAAAACAAUCACAGUAGUGCUUGCAUUCCUCGCCUCAAGACCAGGCAAUAAAGUGAAGAGAUGGUUGGGGAAGAACUUGGCCAACUCCAUCAUCCUUUCUUGUUCUGCUGUCCAAAUUCUCAUCUGUGCCAUGUGGUUGGGAGUUUCUCCCCCAUUUCCUGACUCUGAUCUGCACUCCCAGCCUGAAGAGAUUAUCCUUCAAUGCAGUGAAGGCUCUGUCAUCAUGUUUUAUGUUGUUCUUGGCUACAUGGCCUUCCUUGCUGCAACUUGCUUCACUGUGGCUUUCCUGGCCAGGAACCUGCCUGGAGCUUUCAAUGAAGCCAAGCUGAUCACCUUCAGCAUGCUGGUCUUCUGCAGUGUCUGGAUUUCCUUCCUCCCCACCUACCUGAGCACUAAAGGAAAAUACAUGGUGGCUGUGCAGGUCUUCUCCAUCUUGGCCUCUGGUGCUGGACUAUUGAGCUGCAUCUUCUUCCCCAAGUGCUACAUUAUCAUCCUGAGACCAGAUCUAAACACUAAGGAACAUCUAAUGGCCAAAGCAGGGGGAUGA